ACAGCCGCUGGAGCGCCAGUCACCGGCCGCGGUGAUGUUCCAGCGGCCAGCACUGCGCCAAGCCUCGCCCGCGCAUGGAUUCAUGUCGCCACCAAUCUUUCGCGAAUACGAAUAUGCGGCGGAACCGCCGCCCCCGGGAACCCUGCCGACACCCCAGUCGUACAUCAUCUAUGACGACGAAGAGGACACGGGCCCCACAACGGCCGAGAUCAUCGCUAAUCAGUCUCAGGACUACAUCGACGAGAAAUUGGCCCAAUAUCAGAUUACGAUUCUUCAGUUGCAAGACGAACAAGAACGAGUACAGAAAAAGACAUUCGUAAAUUGGAUUAAUUCAUACUUAUCAAAGCGAGUUCCACCGCUUCGUGUAGAUGACUUAAUUCAUGAUCUGAAGGAUGGCACAAAACUCCUGGCUCUGCUGGAAGUGCUCUCCGGUGAGCGCUUGCCAGUGGAGAAGGGACGCGUCCUGCGUAGACCACACUUUUUGAGUAACGCCAACACGGCUCUGCAGUUCCUGGCCAGCAAACGCAUCAAGCUUGUCAACAUUAAUCCCUCGGACUUGGUGGAUGGGAGACCACCAGUGGUCCUUGGAUUAAUUUGGACAAUCAUCCUGUAUUUCCAGAUUGAGGAGAACAGUCGUGCUUUGGAGUAUUUAGGACAUGGCCUCGGCGGUUCGCUCAGUUCACUGGAUAGUGCCGGCGUUUCAACAACCCCGACUGAUGCAAAGGCCGAGAAGUGGAGACAAGGUGCCCGCAAUACGUUGCUUCAGUGGGUGACGAAUGCAUUGCCGCGGGAUUCGGGCAUAGAAGUGAAGGACUUUGGUGCUAGUUGGCGAGAUGGUAUUGCCUUCUUGGCUUUGAUUGACUCGAUUAAGACAAAUCUUGUCAAUAUUGCUGAAAUGAGAAAGGAAUCUAACAGAACUCGCCUCAAUACAGCCUUUGACGUGGCUGAGGCGAAGCUGGGCAUCGCCAGGAUUCUGGAUGCUGAAGAUGUUGAUGUUGAGAAGCCAGAUGAGAAGAGUAUCAUGACCUAUGUGGCUCAGUUCUUGCACAAAUAUCCAGAACCGAGAAAGCAAUCUGUUGGUCAUGAGACGACAAUUCAGCAGGAGUACAAUGAAUUUAUGCGCUGGCUUCAGGAGAGAACCGAUACAUUUGAGCAAUUAAUUCAGGAAGAUCGCCUGUCGAAGAACUUUAGUGAUUACUUGAGUGCCGACGGUGAGAAUAAUUCACGUCAAGCGGCGUACAAAAAAUUCCUGACAUUGACCAGCUCGAAGAAGAACAUACUUGGUGUGCCUCAUGGGGCGCAUGAGUUGAUCGAGAGCCUGUGGAGUAAAUUGGAGCGUCAGAUGUUGUAUUGGUUGUGGAGUUUGGAUUUGCGUCUGCCGGGUAAUUUCAAAAUUGUUGCCAAAUGGCUAUGUGAUGCUGAAACCCUGCUCAUGAAUGAUGAAAUACCCGCGGUAAUGAAUGAAGAGACGGCAUCUAUCAUAAGUCGCAAAUUGGAGGAGCAUAAGCAAUUUUUCGCCGAAUAUCCCAACAUUGUGGAGGUGUUUCAGAAGACAAAGAGCUUCCCGCUGGACCCUUCAGUGAAUCCCGAAGAGAUUGCCCUGAUGGAGAGGAGAUUGUAUGAUAUUGGACCGAAGGCCACGCAGAGACGCAUCCGUUUGAAAUUCCUGGAGCACAAGUGUUGUCUUAUUGCCUUCCUCAAUCUCGUGGACAACAAAUUGAAGCUGUGGACAGCCAAGUGCGGUCGACAGGAGAAGGUGCAGCAACUAUUGGAUCAGUACUCGAACUUUGUGUCGCGCAACAAGAUUUUCCAGGAGUUCAGUAAGGCCUUCGUGGACAUGCAACAAGUGGUUGAGGAGUACAAGAGGGAUGGAAAUAUCACGAAGAAUGACGUGGAAGACAUUGAGAGAUUCAUGCAAGAAACCGAAACAAGAUGGGCUGCAGUAUCGAUGGAAUUGCGCUGUGCUCAAAAUAUGUUGGAGGAAGUGAUUGCUUACUGGAAACGUUGGAAUUUGCUUACCAGUGAAUUUAUCCCUUGGUUGAGCGAUGCUGAGGCUCACGUGAAGAAGUCCGAGGAUGAGAGAUUGGAGUUCUUCCAGGAUAUUGGUGUUUGGCGUGAGAAGUAUCAAUUAAUUGUGGAUACAGGAAAUUUCCUCGCUGGCUCGUGCGAAGAGGAAAUAUCCACAGAGUUGAAGGCCAUAAUUAAUGAUCUCUCAUCGCGCUGGGAGAGACUCUUUGGUGCCACCAAGCAUUAUGUUCAUGCUGGUGAUAUACUGAAGAAUCGCCAGGAAUACCGGAACGGCUUGGAGAGACUCAGCAAUUGGCUGAGAUAUGCUGAGCAAGUGUUGCAGAAUCAAUCUUUGGGCACUACAGAUGAGAUUAAGAAAUAUGGAGAGGCUUUGCAGAAGCUCCAAGGCGAGAUUGAGGAUAUUGAGGAGUUAUUCAAACACAUCAGCAAAGUCUUUCAAACUCUCAUCCAAGAUCUGUCACGCGAGGAGGUGGACAAGAAUAUGGGUAUUCUGAAGAAGGAGAAGGAAGCACUUGUGCGAGUCCGUGCAAUGAUUCCUUCUCGCCUUCAUCUCUUCCAUCAACUCCUCGUGCAGCAUGAGUCUCUCGAGAGUGGUCAGAGGGAGAUCAAUGAGUGGCUCAAUGAAGCUGAGGCUCUCCUCAGUUCAUUGUCACUUGCCGGAGGACGCGAUCAUCUGAAUAGUGAACUCAAUCGCCACAAAAUGUUCUUCACGCGUACACUUUACUACAAAUCCAUGCUGGAUAGCAAGAACAAGGUGUUCCAGAAUGUCCUUAAGUCUGUCAACACAGAGAAGAGUAUCGAUUGUGGCGAAGCUGUGGAUCGGAUGAAGGUGUUGAAUGAGCGCUUCGAGUAUGUGACAUCCAAUGCCCAGCAGUGGGAGAAUCGUCUCAACGAGGCGGUGAGAUGCUGGCGAAAUUUCCGUGACAACGAACGUGUGAUAGUUCACUGGCUCAGUCAGGCUGAGGUUUUCCUCAGUGAGCGGCCGAUGGAGGUGAAGGAAGUCAUUGAGACGCAAAAGCUCUUCUUUGACACAUUGAACGAGCGGUGGAUGAAUGAGUUGGUGCAAUCAGCUCAGGAUUUGCUCAAGUGUUUGCCAGCGCAGGAGCAACAGAUGACUGUGAGUGGAGUUGAAGCCCUGCAGGAGAGGUGGAAAAGCGUCUUGUCAGCAUUUCCCUAUCAUCUGCUUAAUCUGGAGUUUCGUGUGGAGGAGAACAACUUUAAUCAGUUGAUGAAGGAUGUGGAGAAGGAGAUCAAUCUUGAGCAACAGGCGUUGAUAAACAAUGAGGACGUCGAUGCGAUUUUGAGGAGAAAUCAGGACUUCUUCAAGAUGACAGGGAGUGUUGGGAAGAUUGAAAAGUGCCUAGAGAAUAUGAAGAGAAUCACUUUGGCGUAUGGGAAAAAUCGUCCUACGGAGAGACACUUUGCCGAGGCCACGGAGAAUGCCAUUCGGCGAUGGUCUCAGAUGACGGAGAAGAUUGAGGGCGUGAAGAAAAUGCUGCACAAGAUUCCGGCUCAGUGGGAUCAGUAUCAUCAGAAGUUCCAAGAGAUGGUCAUCUGGAUGGACUCUGUGGAUGAGUCGCUAAAGAAUAUCACCACGGAAGUGGAUUCAAUGGAGGAGUUUGAGAGGGAGAGAGUUGUCUUCCAGAAAAUCUGCCAUGAUGCAGAUUCCAAGAGGGAGAACAUGAAGUGGCUUGUAAAGUGCCUCGACUCGCUGCUGCCGUAUGCCAGUGAGAGUGAAGCGGCCGAGGAGCAGAAGAAGUUGGAGAUGAUGAUUGCGCGCUACAAGAAUCUCAUCCCCACCAUCGAGGUAACAAUGGUGCGUACAGAAAUUUUCUCAAAAUGUUACACCUACCGGCGAGAAGUGCGUGAAAUUGUGACCCUGCUUAACAAAGUCCGAGAUCAAACGUUGUCCGCUCAGGCGCCCGAGAGUUUAGCUCAGGUGAAUAAGAUGGUGCAGGAGCAGCAGUAUGCCAUCAAUCAACUCGAUCAGCAGCGUCCGAAUAUCGUGUCGAUGUUGCAGCGUGGCAAGGAUUUAAGCAAGGACGUUCAUGCGCCCUCCUUUGUCACAGUGGAAGUGAAGUCCCUGGAGUCCGGAUGGAAGGAGGCGUACAAUGAGUCUAUUGAUAAAUUGAAGACUCUGAAAGACACCCAACAAGUGUGGAAUGAGUACACAGAACAGAGGACAGAAAUCAUUAGUUUACUAGGAAAUGCCGAAACGGAAUUGAGGUCGAUUACACCUCUUCAGACAGAUCCUAAGAAUGUGAGUUCCGAUUUGAAGGCAAAAAGAGACUUAAAUGCUCACUUGCAGCACGCCUCUAAGCUGAUGAUUGAGCGUCUCAGGGAAUUAUCAGAGAGCCUCAUUCCUCUGACGGCGACUGAGAAGCAACCACAAUUAUCCAAGGAUGUGGCUGAAUUGGAGAAGCAAUUUUCCAGGACAAUGGAUCACGUGAAGGAGAGGGUUGAGUACCUCGAGGAUUACAGUCAUAAGUGGAAUGACUACAAGGAGAGAUUGGCUGAACUUCAGGCCUGGGCUGCUCAGUCUGCUCCUCAGUUGAUAGAAUCACUGCAGUCGGUUGAUCUGACGCCAGAGGAGAAGAAGGCCAAGAUGAUAUCGAUUCAGCAGAUGUUAAGUGAGAAAAUGCGGCAGCUUGAUCUUCUGGGCAGUGAUGCUAGUGAUCUGGCGCCCAAGGAGGGCAAUCUGGGGGAGGCAAAACGCUUGAAGAACGAAGUUCACAAGCUGCAAGAAACUUUCAGUGCCAUAAGUCGCAAUUUCGACAAUAAAGCCAAUGUGAUACAGCAUGACUUGACAAACUGGCAGAAAUAUCAGGCCGAAUUGAAGGAGAUUAAGCCACAAAUUGAAAAUAUCGAGAUUAAAAUGAAUGUCUCAGCACCGAAGCCAGUCUCCCUUCAAGAAGCUGUUCUACUGCAACAGCAGGCAAAGCAAUUUGAAAUAGAGUGUGAGAAUCAACUGGGAAAACUCCAGAAUGCGGCAACAAUCAGUCAGAAUUUGAGUUGUAAAACGAAUGCUCCUGAUGAAUUAGAUUCAAUAAACUCUCGAUGGAAUUCAGUGCAUGAAAAUGCCAAACAACAACGGAAUAAGAUUGAGAAAUUGGUGUCAAAUUGGCAAAACUUCGAUGCAGAUGCCACUAAAUUGGAAACAUGGAUCAAUGAUACAGAGAAAGUUCUACAGAAGCGUCCAAAAAUUUUGCAAACGCCACAAAUUGAGAAGUUGGAAAAGGAAUUGAUAAAAUUGAAGUCAUAUAACAAUGAAAUAUCUGAACAUCAAGCUAAAUUGAUGGCACUCACACAGAAUUCGGACAAUAUCGCCAUUUCUGUGGCACCCGAGGGAGCUACAGCCCUGAAGGAGCGUCUGAAUGUGAUGAAGCAGAGAAUUGGAAAUCUCUCCGAGGGAGUUCGUGACAAGAUUAAUGAAAUUAUGGAUGCAAUCAUGAGUCGCCAAGAUUUCAAUACUCAAUUGGCUGAGUUUUCUAAUUGGAUCGGCGAGACAAGGUCCAAGUCGAUGCAAACAGAUGAGAUCACAACGGAUAAAUUGGAAUAUGCUGCACAGAUUGUUCACGAGUUGCAACAGGACAGUGCCGAUAAGAAGCCAAUUUUCAAUAAGAUCUACAACGAGGUGAAGUCAAUGGUCUUGGAGGCACCUCCUGAAGAUGCAACAGCUUUGAAUGAAGCUUACACCUCUCUGGUAUCGGAUUAUCAAGAAUUGGACACAAACUUGGAGCAUAAAAGAAAAGCUCUUGAAAAGUGGACAGAACUUCUAGGAUGGCUGAGUGAGACAAACAGCCAUUUGGAACACAUUCAACACCAACUAGAGAGCCCUGAAAGCAAGAACAGAUCAAAAUUGGAAGGGAUCUUAUCGGAAAUCGAUGACAUUGCUAAGAGUGUUGCAGAUUGGAAGACACAACCGCACUUGAAUGAGGAACUCUCUUGUCUUCAGGUGCGUGACAAAACCACGAGGAAUAUUCUCAAUCUUCCGCAACUCUUCAAUGCCGUUGAGACCAAAUUGGAUGCCUUGAAGGCGAAGACUGUGGACCAAAUUGAUUCGUCAGAGAAGCAAACAAAGCAGAAAGAUAACUUUGCCACAUUAGAGAAAUCAUUCGUUACCAAUUUGAAUGAGGCUCGGGCGAAAUUGACCGAGAUCACAGCCACAAAGUUGACGCCAUCAAAUUUAGAGCAUGUGCUAAAUGAGCUUACGAUUCUGGGCAAUACGCUAAGGAAUCAGGCUCCAAUGAGGCAGAGAAUCCACGACGCCGGCAACACUGUGAUGAGUGCUGAUAUUUCAGGGACACAUCAAGUGCAGGAGGCACUGCUCAUGAUGGACCGCGAGUGGGAGAAUUUGAAUCAGGAAAUUGCUGAUCGGAUUGCCAACUAUCGUGUGAUUCAUCAGGCGAUGAAAGAGUACGUGGAUGCCAAGGAUAAGUUUUCACGUGAGAUGGGAAAGGCCGUACAAUUGGCUAAUCUCAUUCCCGUUGAUGUCGCCGAUGAGGAGAACAUCAUUCACGCUUCAGAAGCAUCGAAGAGAUCACUAGAGUUUGCUCGCAAAUGCAAGGCUCCGCUGGAUGAAUUGGAGAAGAAGAGUAAUCAACUGUUGAAACUCUUUGAGACACCGUAUCAAUCACAGCCGGUGGAAGUUGUGGAGGUGGUUGAAGAUGCUCAUCAGCAAUACCAGGCUGUUUUGGACAGUGUGGCUCAAAAAGCUCAGCAGUUUGAGACUGAGAGCGCUCUGUGGAAGCAGAUUGAUUUGCUGAAGAACGAAUUAUUCCCGUGGUUGAGUGAUACGAAUCAGAAUCUCUGUGAUUCGGCGAAAAAUAUCCAAGAACUUGAACACAGUGCUGUGCGAUUGAAUAAGUAUAAGAAUGAGUUGCCUCAGUAUAUGUCACUGAAGAAGGAACUGUGCGAGAAAGUUGAACAACUCAAGGAAUUAAAGAAGGAGGAUCUGCCAAUGUUGGGGAGUCUCGUUGCUUCUGUCGAUGAGCAAUUCAGCACUGUCGAGAGCAAUGCUCGGCACUUGGAGGCAAUGGCUCAAACACUCAAUGCACAAGAGAAGGAAAUUCGCACGUGUAUAAAAUUGUUUGGUGAAGCAGUUAAUAAAAUCAGAGAGGCACUCAUAAAAUGUGAUGAUAUGUCUGGUGAUACAACGAAGAUCAUUGAACGCAUUAAGACGUGUGACAUCUUGAAGCAGGAGCUGACAAAUUGUGGGGACGAAAUCAAUCAUUUGGCUAGCCGUGUAGUGGAAAUGCAAGAAAUUCAUCCAUCUAUUGCAAAUUCCAUAAUUCCGAAAGAGCUUAACAAUGUGCAGAAGAGAUAUGAGAACGUCCAUGCGAAUGCUAAUAAAAUUGAGGAGACUCUCAUACAGUUCUUGAGAAAAUUGCAUGCGGACAAAAUUGAUAUUCUCCGCCGAAUGAUUGGCACACAAAAGGAGAAGAUCGCUUGGUGUCUUCCAGAACCGGGAAGUGACAAAUACAAUUUGGAGGUGAAGAAAGCAGCUCUGAAUGAUAUUCAAAGAAGCAUUGGUGAUAUUGAGAAUCGCGAUGUGGAUCUGAAAAAUUCACUUAAACUUUUAGAAAAUAUCGCUGCGGAUGACAAUCUCAAGAAGUUAAUCGAUGAUCAUGAUAAUUUGAUCAGAGAAUUAGAGGAUCUCAAAGAGAAUUGUGGAAAGACACGUGAUAUUCUUCUGGAGAAUGUUUCCGAGUGGGAGGAUUAUGAAAAGACAUCAGAGAGUAUUAUUUCCACUGUGAAACAGGUUGAGGGAGAUUUGAAGGAAGGCUGUGCAACUCAAAUUAAUCUUGCUACCAUCGAUGGUACUCUGGAGAAAAUCAAAUCAUACAAAUCCACACUCGAAGAUGUAGCACCAAAAUUGAAGAAACUAGAGCAGCUGGGUAAAGUUCUAAAUGAGAAAAAUCCAGAAGCCCGCCCUAAUCAAGUUGUGACUCAUCUGGGACAAAAAUAUGCUGCAGUGCUGAAGCAGGUGGGCAAUCAAUUGAUCAGACAUUCUGACGUUAAGGCCAAUGGCGUGUCCUUUGGAGACAAUCUAAAUGAAUGCAAAGAAUGGCUGCAGAAGACUCAGAAAGCUUUUGGAGAUUUGUCGCAGGAACUAGCAAAGAGUGAAACUCCCAAGAUGGAAUUAAUCAAUCAAGUGAAAGCUAUGAUUCCAGAAUUGGAGAAUGGCAGGGCUCUGAUUGAUAAGCUCAAUGAUUCUGGAGAAGCAUUGUGUUCAGUUACAACAUCUGCUAAUCGUGAGUCAAUUCGAAAUGAUAUCAAAUCGGUAAGGGAAGAUUUCGAUAAACUCCAGAAUGAUGUGGUAAAUACUUUGAAGAAUCUUGAAGGAAUUCUCAUUCAGAAGGCAUCUCUUGAGGAGAAUAUUGCUCAGACGAGCCAAUGGUUGACGGAUUCUUCUGCCAAAAUACCUGCUCAAAUGGAGUUGGGAACGAAUUUGGUGGAGAAAAAGGCUCUUCUGCAGAAAUACAAGACGCAGCUGAAAGACAUUGAGCAUCAAAAGCAGAAUUUGAAUCAACUAAAGGCCAAGACUAGCAAGUUGGCGGAUAAGAGCCUCCUAGAAAAGGUCUCUAAUCAAAUUUCUGAGUUUGACAAGCUCGCCAAGCAAGUAAAUGGCAAGAUAGAUGUGUAUAAGAACCAUGUGCAGAAUCACGAAUGUUACGAUGAGAUACUGGAGAAGGCAACUGAUUGGUUAGUGGCACUAAAAGUGACUGCUGUGGAUGUUUUGGAUGUGGAUAAAUUUGAAAAGGAAGCUUCACAGGAGAAACGGCUGAUCAUUGAGAAUCUGCUGGAACAGGAACCAGAGGGAGAUGCAAUUUUUGACACUUGCUUCGAGAAAUUGCAGACAAUUCUGCCAGAGACUCAUGAGAACGGACACGAGGCACUUUUAAAUAACUGUGCAGAGCAGAAGAAGACAUGGAAGGAGUUCAUUGAUCAAUGUCGCGAAGCGCUGAAGAAACACGAUCAAAUGUGUAGUCAAUUGAAUGAAUUCCAGAACAUUGUGGAGAAUUGCGAUAAAUGGCUUAAGCAAAUGGAAAAUAUUGUAAAAGAUCAGAGCUUGAAGAAUGGUCUUGAAGCUAAGGAGCAACAUCUCAACAAUUUGAAGAAUUUGGCAAAUGAGAUUAAUGCCAAGUCCACGGAAAUUGGAGAGAUCAAUGAGAAAGCGCGUCAUAUUGAAAAUGAACCAGAAUUAGCACUGAAAGUGUCUCGGCUCAACACACGUUGUCAAGCUGUGAAAAAUAGUUGCAAAGACUCAAUUGCAAAAUAUGAGAACUACACAAAGGAUCACAAAGAUUUCAAUACAGAGUAUGAUGAAUUCAAAGACAAUCUGGAGAAUACGAUUGCCACUCUGAAUGAGAAUGGCGAAGCUGUGGGAGAUCUGGAAGUUCUCCAAGAUCGACUUAAUAAGAUUAAAGAAUUGGCAGAUAAACGUAUUCUUGAUAGCUCAAAGUUCGAGAGUAUAAUUGAGAAGGGUGAGAAAUUGUACACUCACACAAGUCCUGAUGGCAGAGAGAUUGUUCGACAGAGAUUGAGAAUUUUGCGAACAAUGUGGGAUGAAUAUACUGAUGAUUUGAAUUCAGCCAUUCAGAAAUUGGAGCAGUGUCUUCUGCAAUUUGGUGAAUUCACUCUUAGUCAGGAGCAACUCACCAAGUGGCUCAAGGAUGUUGAAAAAUCAAUGCAGAAUCACAUGGAGCUGAAGAGUACGCUUCAGGAGAAGAAAGCACAAUUGCAAAACCAUCGAUUGAUGCAUCAGGAAAUCUUAUCUCAUCAUCCUCUUGUGGAGUCUGUGUGUGACAAAGCUCAACAUCUUGUUGACCAGACAAAAGACACUUCACUCAAUCACUACUUUGAGUCUAUCAAACAACUCUUUGAUAACAUCGUUCGAAAAUCAGAAGAGUUGAUGUCCAAUCUGGAGAAUUGUGUUCAGAUUCACAACAACUACAACAUUUUAUUGGCAAACUUCAAGUCUUGGCUUAAUAAUGAGAAGGAAUUGGCGUUGGAAGCAGAUGACAUCACAGGAGAGAAAUCUGAAAGCACUCGCCGAAUGAAUAUUUUGGAUCAACUGCAGAAGAAUAUCCCCACAGGAGCGAAUGCUCUGAAAGGAUUGAAGGAGAACAUCGAAAUUGUGGGGAAGAGCACUUCGACUGAUGGCAAGAACAUCCUCCAGGCCGAAGUGGUGGAUCUCGAGAAUGCUUUUGAGGCACACAUUGCCAAUAUUGAGAAUUUGAAGGCGAAGCAAACAGCCAUUUUGAGUCAAUGGCAACAAUUUGAUAGUAAACUCGAAGAACUCACUAACUGGUGCCGAGGCAAGGAGACCAUCUUCAAAGUGGAACACUUGCAGCCAUCUCUUGAAACGAAGGAGUCCCAGCUGAAGACAUUCAUCGAGGAGAGAAAUGCAAUUGUUGAAAAACAGAAGGACUUCGAUGAGUUUGUGGACAUUUCGCACAGUCUUCAGGGCUCAAGUGGCACUGAGAGGAUUAAAACAUUGACAAUGCAGCUUCUAAAUCGCUACCAAUUGCUUCAAGUAUUGAGCAAGGAAGUUGUUAAUCGGUGGCAAGGUCUUGUUGAGGAUCACCGAAAAUAUGACAACAAGAUGCGUGAAGUCCUAUCCCUGAUAAUCCCCAUUGAGAAUAAGCUAACCGCCCUCGAUAGUCCUGAAUCCCUUGCGGACAACCUAACACUUCUCCAAUCACUAAUCACGGAGAAAGAGGCCACGGACGGCAUGAUUUCAUCCCUCAUUACGCUUGGGGAGAAGAUAUUGCCUGAUACCCUGGGUCAGGGAAGGGAGAAGAUCCGUCAGGAAUUGCGCGAUGUGCGUGAUCGAUGGGACAGCAUGGAAGAGCAUUUCAAGGAUUUACAGAAACGCCAACAAUCGCAGAAUAUGCAGUGGUCCAAUUACAAAGACACCUUGCAGCAGGCGCUCCAGUGGCUGGAUGUUGUGGAGAAGGGUCUACAGAAAGAUCAAGCAUCCGUGUCGACGACAAAUCAGGAGAUCAAGACAAAGCUGAUGAAACUGAAGAGUGCAGGGCAGGAUAUUUCAGCGCACAAGAGACUGAUCGAGGUUACAACGGAGAAGGCAAAUCAGUUACUUCAGGUGGGAUCUGUGAAGAAUCCAGAGGAGAUCAAGAAUGUUGUUGAAGACAUCAACACACGCUACAAUAAUGUUCAGGCGCUGUGUGCCAAACUACUGUCCCAAUUGGAGAAAAUGUCCGAGAUUUUCCAAAUCUUCGCUGAGCUUCACAAGACUCAACAAGACUAUCAGAAGAAUUUGUGGGACUCUCUGGCGACAUACUCAGAUUUCGCAGGAAAUAAGGCCACUCUCCAGUCACGCUUGGGUAAGCUGAAUGAAAUUGGAGACUCCCUACAGGAUGGUGAAGCAAAAUUGAAUGUACUUGGUGAUCAUUUGAGAAACAAUGAAGAGUUAAUACCACCACGCUCUAAGGAAAACAUGAGUAGAGAUUUGGCCAAUUUGCGCUUUGACUUUGAGAAAUUCAAGUCUGCCCUGGCAGAUGUGAAGAGUGGCAUGGACAGUAAGAUAGCCCAAUGGAGACAGUUUGACAGUAAUUUAGAGCAGUUGCUCGAGUGGAUAUCAGAUUCGGAAAUUUCCUUGAAAAAUUAUAGUCUGAAAUCGACUCUGGGUGAAAAGCAAGAACAACAGACGAAAUAUAAGGACCUUCUGAAGAGUCUUCAGCAGCAUGAAAGCAAUCUGGACAAUUUAACAGAUGAAUCUUCAGAACUAAUUCAAGGAAGCGGCGAGGUGCGCCUGUCAGGAAACAUUCAGCAGAUUAUCUCUCGCUUCCAGUCGGUUCAGACAACAGCCAAAGAGAUUGUGAAGAAAUGCGAGCAAGCUGUUCAAGAUCACGAAGUCUUUAACGACAAGUACAAGCAGUGUUCAGAUUGGCUUUCGUCUGCUCAGGUGAAAUAUCAAGAGUGCCAAGAUUUGUCUACGGCUGGUUCUCAAGAAGAUCUGCUUGUGAAGUAUAAUGCUGUUCAAGAGCUGUUGUCACAAAAUGCCAAUGCCACUCUUUUGCUGAACAAUACCAUUGAACUGGGUGAGAAGCUUUAUCAGACAACCGCUUUGGAAGGUCGCGAAGCGAUCCGAGAACAGCUACAGGAACUUCAACAUGAGAUGGAGAAGUUAUUCGAUAAUCUGGGAACACUGACAAGAGCUCUUCAAACGAAACUGUCCAAAUGGUCUGGUUUCGAGGAGUGUUCUCAAAAUCUGGAGGAUUACUUGACAAAUAUGGAAUCACAGCUGAGUGAGAAUUUGAUACUAAAAUCUACUCUUGAUGAGAAACGGAUUCAAUUGCAAAAUUAUCGCGAUAAUCUCGCAGAUAUUCAAAAUCACAAGCCGGAAAUGAUUAAUUUGAAGGAUUUGAUUGAAAAUCUGCCUGAACAGAAUGAAACAAUUGAGAAUCAAUUCAGAGGUCUUGAGGAGAGGUACGGAAAUUUACUAAAACUGGCACAAAAGCACCUAGAAACGUAUGUGAAUAUAGUGAAUGAUCACCAGCUGUACUGUAAAGCCGUUAUGGAUACCCAAGAAUUUAUUGAAGCAGCCCACAACACUGUCAAUCUGUGGGGAGACUUGGACGUUGAUCGUGUCUCCUUGGCCAGCAAUCUUGAUCGUCUGAAGAAAGUGCAGCAAGAGUAUACCGAUGAGACGAGUCGAAUUAACGAUAUCCGUGCUCUUGGCGAGAAAGUUCUUCCUGGCACAGCGGAGGAGGGUCAGGUGAACGUUAAGGCUCAAGUUGACAACUCCCAGCAGGAGUGGGAAGCUUUGGUGUCAUCUGUCCAGACGGCCAUUGAUAAUGUAAUGGCUAAGCUGCAGCAGUGGGAUGAAUACGAGAAGCUCCGUGAUCAGUGUGUUGCAUGGAUUUCUGGGACAGAUAGUAAAUUGCAUGCUAUUGAUCUAAAGACAACCAAGGCCGAGAAAAUUGAACAAUUGGAAGCCCUCAAAGAGUUGCAGGGUGAAGUUCGUGCCAAGGAAUUGGAAAUUGAUAGUGUGACUGAGCGUGCUCAGUUGCUGUACAAAGGAUUGGCAAGUUCCCGUAGUACUCAAAUCUCAGAAUUAGUGCUUAAAUACCAGCAGGUUUGUCUUAAGGUCAAAGAACUUCACUCUCGUUGGCAGCAAUAUGUAUCUGGUCAUCAGGAAUUCGACAAUAAGCUCAAUGAUUGUAAUCAGUGGCUCGACAAUAUUAAGCAGAAACUUGACUACUGCUCUGAUCUGUCGGCUACAUCGCCCAAGGACUUGGAGAAUAAAUUGGCCACUAUCCAGGAUCUCCUUCUGCUUAAAGAUGAGGGAUUCGGUAAAGUACAGUCUGUCAUUGAGACGGCACAGAAUGUCUUGGCCAAUACCGCUCCGGCUGGUCAUGAGGCGAUCAAUAAGCUUCUCACGAAAUUGCAAGAGGACUGGUCGACAUUAGCACUCAGGAUGAUCGAUGUGAAGACAUCACUGGAUGCAUCAAUCAACCAGUGGUCAGGAUUUCUGGAAGAGGUGCAGAAUGUGAACAAAACUGCUGAAUGGAUGGAGAAUACGUAUCAGGAGUUGUGUAACUAUCAAGCGACAAUGACAGAGAAACGAGCAAUGCUGGAGCGCAUUAAAAAUGCAGUGGAGAAAAUUCGCCUCGAAAGAAUGGAUGUUGAUAUUCUGAAGGCUAAGGCGAGAGAAAUGAUUGCCAGUGGCCAACAGAGUUUGGCUGCUAAUCAAGCUCAGCAAAUUCUUGACAAAUUUGAUUUGUUAUCAGACAAGAUGAACAAGCUCAUGAUUGAGCGCGAGGAAGAAUAUCGUGAUCAUCGAUUGUAUAAAGAAGCCUAUGAUGAUUUAUCUGCUUGGAUGGCGAGAGCUCGUGAUAAGUUCCCUUCACUAAAGCAACAAACUUUGAGUGACAAGCUAACGAUUGAGAAUAUUCUGACACCUCUCGAAGCGUUGCUCAAUAAACAGCCUCAAGGUGAAUUGUUGGUGGAACAUCUUCAACAUACAAGUGAAGUUGUCCUUGCGAGCACAUCAGAGCCUGGACAGGAAGUGAUUCGUCGAGAUAUCGCGGAACUUCGUGAAAACUUUGAGUCACUAUUCAGGGAGAUCUCUCAGCAGAAGGAUCAACUGGAGUCGACAGUGAUCCUGUGGAGGGAAUAUAAGGAAGAAUAUGAGAGACUCUCAGAGUGGCUUCAACAAAUUGAUAUUCUCGUGAAGAAUCACAAGUUGAAUCUUCUGCCCACGCUUCAUGAAAAGCAAAAGCAGGUGAAGGAAAUGGAUGACAUCUUGAAGAGACUGGAGAAGGGUCGAGAGGACAUUGAAAGAUUUAAUAAAUCUGCAGCUCCUUUAUUGGCCUCUCACUUGGAUACGUAUGUCAACAAUCAACUCCGGCAUUUGAAUUCUCGUUUUCAAGUGCAGGUGAAUCUGGCAAAGGACGUGUACAAGAAAGUCGAGACAAACUAUGAACAACACAAGGAGUUUGAUGAGUGUGCGAACAAUGCGCGCAAUUGGAUUGAGAAUGCUAAAGAAAUUAUUCGAGAGUGCAGCGAAGCGUCCAGCAGUUCCAAUAAGGAAACACUGCAGGCGAAAUUGCAACAGAUCACCGAUUUAAUUCGCCGCCGCGAAGAAGGCCAGAAUCUUGUUCAUACAACUGUGAAUAAUGGUGAGAAAGUCCUGAGAAGUACACGCUCAGAUGGCAAGGAAGUGAUCAAUAAUCAGAUCAAGGAGAUUCAAAAUGAGUGGGAUCGACUGGUGAAGAAGAUGUCAACUGUGAAGGUUCAUCUGGAGACUAGUCUUCUUCAGUGGGCAGACUACAGUUCCAGUUACUCCCAAUUGCAGCAAUGGAUCUCCGAUCGUGAGGCCAAACUCCAACAAGUGUGUGAGCAGAAGGUGGCGAAAUCGAAGAAAGGACAACCAGGCUUGGCAUCAGGGCUCAGUGAGAGAAAGGCCAACCUUAGACAGACAAACAACAUUGUCCAAGACAUUGUGUCCUUUGAACCGAUGAUCCAGUCUGUCACAUCAAAAGCCUCCGAUUUGCAGCAAGCCAUCCCAGCUUCUGAGAUAUCUUUCAAGUAUGAAAAUCUGAGCAAACAGGCUAAGGACUUGUACGAAAAGCAAAAGGAGACAAUUGAGAAUCAUCAGGCGUUAAUCGAUGCUGGGAAUGACUUUGCUCAGUGGCUGCGCAACGCUAAAGAGCGUCUCAGCAAGAGUUCAGAGCCUGUGGGAGACAAGGAGACUCUAACCAACAAACUGGGUCAGAUUCGAUUGCUGCAGAAUGAGGUGAAUGACGAAGGGACUCCGAAGCUGAACAAAGUAUUGGAGCAAGGAGAAAUCGCUUGUCACAAUGCCAUUCCGGUUGAUCGGGAAGUGAUUGAGGAGGAAGUGGCGCUCCUUCAAGAAGAGUUUGACAACUUUGUUGAAAAUUUGAAGCAGGCAAAGCAGAGACUUGAGAUUGGCAUUGUCAAGUGGACAGAAUACGAUGAUCAGUAUAAGGAAGCUCUUGAUUGGCUCACGGAGACGGAAACCCUGGUGCAGUCAUACAACAAGUUGCAAGACAGUCUGGAGGAGAAGAAGAAUGUGCUAGAACAAUUCCAGAACCACUUGCAGACAAUUUUCGACUGGCAACGUGAGCUUGAUCAACUCAAUAUAACAGCGCAGACUCUCCUGGAAAUCUGUGCUGACACCCGAAUUAGCAAUGGAGUGACUCAACUCACCACAAAAUACAAUGCUCUUCUGUCAAUAGCCAAGGAAGUGAUGCGCCGACUUGAGUUGCACUAUCAAGAGCAUCAGCAGCAUCAAGCGCUGUAUGGUGAAUGUCAGGAUUGGGUGGAGGCGAUUCAUGACAAGUUGAAUGAAUGUCUGGAGAUCCCGAAUACGAUUGCCGAGGUGAAUCACAAACUCAACACCAUUCAGAAUAUCAAACAGAUGGUGGAACAAGGUCAAAAUAAACUCAGAUACACGAUUGAACUGAAAGAGAAAGUGAUCAUGAACACAGAGAUCAAUGGCGCUGCCAAAAUUCAAGAGAACACUGAAAAUCUCAAGCAUGAGUUUGAAAAAUUGAUCUCAGAGAUUGGCGAUAUUAAGCAGAAGUUGACAAAUCGGGCAGCUCAAUUGGAUGAUGUGACUAAGCUGAUUAAGAUCCUUAAUGAGUGGUUGGAUGAAGUCGAGCCCAAUUUGCAACAAGCAGAUGCGUAUUUGAAUGAAUUGAGUGAGAAGAAAACAAACUUGGAAAAGAACCGCACUCUUCAGAAAGACAUGAUCACGUACAAUGAUACCAUUGAAAAGAUCAAGAACAAACUGAGAGAUGAUGAGAGCUUGGACAAGAAGGAGUUUGACACGUGUUUGAAGAGAUUUGAGAAUUGCCAGGGAGUCAUUGCCAAGAACAUAGAAAACCUGGAAAAUCAGGUGAAAUAUCAUGAGAAUUACAAGCUCGCUUAUGGCGAAAUCUCCGAAUGGAUUCGUAAGACAAAAAUGGAUAUUCAGCACUGUUCAGAUUCUCAUGGAGACAAACCUCAAUUGAUGGAGAAGCAGACGAAACUGCGGGAAAUUGAGUUGUCUCAGCCCGAGGGGAAGAUCUUGAUGGAGAAUACAAUUGAGUUGAGCGGCCAUGUGAUCGCAACCAGUGGUCGUGAGGGUCAGGAUGUGAUCAAUCAGGAGAUUAAGCAAUUGAAAUCUGAUUGGGAUGGUUUGCAACACACCACGAAGCAAUCACAUGACGCCUUGACCAAUUGCAUCGCCACUUGGAAUAAGUUUACGGAGAAAUCAGAUCAGAUCGGAAAGUGGCUGCAAGAAUAUGAGGCCAAGAUUCGUCAGAUGGAGACGAGAGGAGAAAUAACAACAAAUGAUUUGGCUGAUUGCAAGAAAAUCCUGGAAGAUGUUCAGAACCAGAGAGAGAACAUGGAGGAUCUCAGUGACUGCUGUGAAACCCUUAUGGAACAGAGCGCUUGUACUUGGGUGAGAGACAAAACAGUUGAUCUCCAAGGAAGAUAUUCUCAGCUUCUCAACUCGGCUCAAGCCUUUGUUUCCAAGGCGGAGAAAUGUCUAGCGGAUCAAACCAACUUCUUAGUCUACAAGGAACAGAUGGAGAAGUGGAUUGCUGGUAAGGAGGGCACUAUCAAGGAGUGUGCAGUACUUGGUAAUGAAGCGGCAACCCGUCAAAAUCUCAACUCCCUUAACAAUGUGUACAGUCGUCUCCCAGAAGGACAAUCCCUGUUUGUUAUUGUCCAAGAUGCAUUUACAAAGACUCUGAGUGUGACGCCGGCUGAUCGGCAGGACGAUUUGCAAGUGGAAAUGGACAAGAUCCAAGAGUCAUGGGACAAACUGAAUCGCGACGUGAAUGAUGGUAUUGCUAAGGCAAAGAGCAAUCUCAUGAGAUGGGAGGACUAUCGCGAUGCGAAGAACAAAUUUGAAAAAUGGCUGAGUGACGUUGAGGCGAUUCUCAAUGGAAAUCUCGAGAAUAAGGGUGAUCUCAGUGAAAUGAAGACGCUACAGGAGAGAUUUAAGAAUAUCAAGGGAGACAUUCAGAGCAAGAAGAGUGAUCUGGAUCACAUUAAAUCUGAAGCCAAGGAACUCAGCUCGUGGUCUAAGACUCCCAAUGAAAUUGAGGAGGCAAAUCGCUUAGUUAUUCGCUGGGAUCAUCUUAACUCCAAAUGCGAGUCUGUCAUCAAUGGAUUACAGACGGAAAUUGAUGACUAUUUGUCAUACCAUCAGAGUUUGCAAGAGACCGAAAAGUGGCUUCUUCAGGUGUCCUUCCAACUUAUGGCACACAAUUCUCUGUACAUAACUAAUCGCGAGCAAACCCAGGAACAGUUGAAUCAGCAUGAAAUUCUCCUGGAUGAGAUUCAAAAGUACCAAGCCAAUUUGGAUGAUCUGAAGGCGAAGGGUAAUAACCAGAUAAGUCGAUAUGAGCACUGCAAUCCAUACAUCAAAAACACUAUUGAGACCCACUUGAAGAAUGUGCAGGACAGCUAUAAUUCUCUCUUGUUGACGUCAAUUCAAAUCAAGAAACGUCUAGAGGAGAGUAUGGCGAAGUUCAAGGAAUAUGAAGAUACACUUGAGGAUAUUCAGCAACAACUGAUCAGAAAUGAAGCAAUCAUGCCACCCGAGGAAGUGCCAAGUGAACUUGAUGCUUGCAAGGUUCAACUGAAAUUCGCCCAAGAGCUCCACAAUGGGCUCCAGAAGGAGAAGGCGCGAUUGGCUUCCGCUGUUGCAGCUUGCGAAUCCGCCACAGCGAGCAUCAGUCGUCCAAGUUCUCCCAUUGAAUCGGCCAUGCAACCAAUUCCUGAGAAGGAGCUCAAAGUACGAGCUCAGCUUGAAGAUCAGCUCGAUCAGUAUGAGACUGGUUGAUUUUAAAAUGCAUUCUUGUCCGUACUAAUAGAAAUAAUACGUUCUUUUCAGAUUCAAACAUAUUUGAGUGAUCUUGUGAAGGCGAUCGCGGAAUUGGAGCUAUUGGAGAGACAAAGGACUGAACUGGACGAUUGGAUCAACAAACAACAGGCCAUCGUGUCCGACUGGCUCUCUCGACCGUCUAAAUUACGUAGCGACGGUGCGAAACAGGAACUGACCGCAAUGAAUGAUCUUAUGACGGCGAUCGGUGACAAGAGAUCGCAGCUUCUCACAGAAAUGUCAGGGCCACUUGAAGGCGACGACGAGACAACCAAGAUCGAGGAGCGGCUUGACAAAUUGGAGGAUGACCUGAUGGCGGCGAUUGCAAAGAAGAGAGAUGACCAGGCUGUCAUUGAUGAAUAUCGAAAGUGCACACAAGCCACUCAUGGUUGGAUUGAUGAGUUCAUCCAGCGCAUGGAUGUCCUCGAUAGUGGCAGUGGAUUGAGUUGUAGCCAAAAGUUGGCCACUGUGCAGAAGAUUAAAGAUGAAUUUGAUGCUGCAUCGCCUGGAAAAUUGGCCACAUUCAAGGACAUCGCCCGCAAGACAAUUGAAGUGAUUAGCAAUUUGGAUGCUCAGCAAGUGGAGGAGCAAAUUAAGGGUGUCGAUCGAAGAUUCAAUGAUAUUUCCAAGAGGAUCAAUCGCAAGAUCCAGGUGAUUGAGUCCACGAAUAAGGGGCUGGACAAUCUGAAGAAUGAUAUUGACAAUUGUCACAAUUGGAUCAAGUCCUCAAUUGAGGAGUUAUCCAGUCCUGAAGAAAAAGGUGACAAUGCAGAUGCUAAAUUGGCCCAUUUGAAGAAUCAAUUGAAACAGGCUGAAGGAAAGCAGCCUAUUAUCGAGACACUUGAAAAGAGACUCAACAACAUUCAAUCUGAAUUGGAACCGAUUGAAGUGUUGCAGCUUCAAACUGAGAUUCAGAACUUGAAAGCCGAUGAACAGAAGCUGAAGGAACUCUUGAAGGCGGAAAUUGGCAGCUGUGGUAAAGAAAUUCAGUUGCGGAAAGCCAUUGAUGAAAAUCUGGAGAAGGCAGGUGAAUGGCUGAAGAUGAACAAGCCCACGAUUGAGAAGGAAAAUCCCCUUUCUGUGGCUGAUCUUGAAAUGAAAUUGCACCAGUGCAAGAAGCACGAGAGUGAUUUGAAAGAAUUCAAGGAUGGCGUGCUGAGUGAUUUGGAUAAACAAUCGUCAGCGCUAUUUGGAUCAGCACCUGAGAAUGAGAGAGAGUUGCUGGGCAGAAAAAUUCAGCAGAUUCGUGAUGAAUUUGAGGGCGUAAAGCAAGAUGUGGGCAAUAAGGUGAGUGAACUGUCGGCAUUGAUACCGGAUAGGCAGAAAUUCGAGGAUGGUCUUAAGGGAGUGACAAUCUGGCUCAGUGAGACUGAAGUUAGUACUUCAAAUCCACUAAGAACAACAAAUCUGCCCACUCUGGAAGAACAACUCGCCAAGUAUAAGAAUCUGGCCAAGGAGUCUCAGGAUAUUCGAGGUACAAUUGCAAAUAUAUCAGAGGAAGCUAACCAAAUAUCUCCAUCGCUUACGCCGUCGGAUAAGCAAAAGCUCUCUGAUCAGCUGAAGGGAGUCCGAGAUCGCUAUGACAAGCUUUCGACUUUGAUUGAUGACCGAUUGAAGUACUUGGAAAGACAUAUCAAGGAAUACCUGGAUGCCAAGCAAAAGGUUACAGAUUAUAUCCAGUUUAUGGGCUUAAUUCAGGCGGAAAUCAAGAAUUUAAAUAAACCCGUUGGAAGUAAAAUCGAAGAUGUGCAGGAAUUGUUGCAAUCUUAUGAAAAAAUUCUCUCAGAUUUGAAAGAUAGUAAGGCGAAAAUUGGCGAGAUUCAAGUGGAAAAUCUCCCUGAAUUGCAGACUCUCGUGACUCAGCAAGACGACACUAUUCAGUUGAUUGAAGAUCAAUUGGCUCGCUUGCGUCAACUUCUGCUCUUGCGCGAACAGUUCAUAGCACUCGUGAAUGAGAUUAUCAUGUUCAUCAAGAAGUACACAGGUGUUGUGACGGAUAUUGAGAAGUCUGGAGAUUCAAUUGAGGACAAAAUUGCACAGUACGACGGAGUGAUUCUCAAGAUUCAGGAGUGUGAGGCGAUUUUGGCAUCUGCUGCGGAUAAGGGCAAUAAGAUAGCAUCUGAAGGCACAGCUGCAGAUCGCAAUAGCAUCACUGAGCAAUUGCAAUCCCUGAAGAUGCAACUGCAGAACCUGAGGAAGCUGAUUGAGAGUCAAAAGCAGAAGCACGAGAACACUCUGGCGGAACAUAGGAAGAUGCAAUCAGAUCUCAGCUCUCUCCUUGACUGGUUGCACCAGAAUGAGACUCUGGUGAAGUCUCGACCGCUGCUGAACAGAGAUCCAAAUUGUGUGGAACGUGAAAUUCAAAAUCAUCACUCGCUGCGCAAGAAGAUCGAGAAGCACCUCGAUGAAAUUCAAAAGAUCAACGAUCAGGCGCGCAAUGAGGUGGGAUUGCCGGGAUCGUUGUUGGAAAUGUUGUCGGAGAGUCGAUUGCUGCUCACGACGCUGCCGGCGGAAUUGAACGACCGCGAGGAGUAUUUGCAGAACAACAAGAAGUAUCGACUUGACUACCUGUUGCUUGUGUCGAAGCUGAACAGUUGGUUGGAGGAGGUUGAAGUGCGUCUGCAGAACAGCAAACACGGCAUCAAUUUUGAGAAUAUAGUCGGUGAUUUGGAAGAGCACAAGCUCUUCUUCGGCACUGAGCCCAUGAUGACGGAUUUGGUGACUGUGCAGAUUCAGGAGGCGGCAGACAAGAUCUGGUCAUCUCUGAACAAUUCAGAGCAGAAUGACUUGUCGCGUGAGCUUCAACACCACAAGCAAGUGUUCAAGAAUACAGUGAGUGCUGCAAAAUCACACCAGAAUCACCUCGAGGAGAAUCUGAAAUUGUGGAAAGAAUACUGUGAGUGCUACGAAAAAGUGAAUAAUCUCAUUGCAAGGUCAAAAUUGCCAGAAGAGAGUGUAGAAAAUUUGGGGUCGCUCAAUUUUAUUCUGCAGAAAGUCAACCAUGCGCUAAAUGAUGUUCAGGCCAAAUCAGUUGAUGUUGAUGCGUUGAAUGAGAAGGCGCAAAUCAUCAAGCGAUUCGCCGAUGCAGACAAUUUGGAGAAGAUCGAGCGACAGCAGAGCAAGAUUAAUGAGAAUUGGAAUAAUUUGAUUGUCGACCUCAAGCGUAGGAAAGAAUUCAUCGGAUCGCUGUUGGAGAAUUGGGAGCAAUUGGAUAAGAAGGCGCACUCUCUGGACACGCAAUUGACCCACAUUGGGGAGCAAUGUAAGCUCCUCGAUCCUGUUGUCCGAUCGAGGAAGCAACUCGAGGAUAGUGAGGCAGCGCUUCAGGAUCUCGCCGCGAAGAUUGAUAACUGCCGUCCUCUGUGCGAGGAGCUGACCGAAUUGGCGGACACAGUGCACGACCUGCUACAGAGGGUCAAUCCUGCCUGUGCAAAGAGUGUCGAGGACACUGUGAAGACAUUGAAUGAGUCGCAUAAAACACUUCACAAGUCGAUUAAGGAUCGUGUGAACAAGAAUCGGGAGGCUCUUGAGUGGAUAAAGCGGCAGUAUUUGAAUAUUAUCGAUUUGCAGAAUCAACUGCGAGAGUUGAAAGGACGUGUGGUGGAUUUCUAUGUGUUUGGGGAGAAUCUCGAGCAGACUGAGAAUAAUUUGAGAGAUUUGCGGAAGAACCUCAACGACAAGGACAGCGAGGUGAAGAAGUUCAUCAGGAACUUGAGGGAUAACUACAAUAACGCACAAAACUUCAUACCCACGGACAUCGCCCAGGAAUUGACAACGUUGGAGUUGAUGCUGGAGCAAGUGCACGAGGCGAUGGAGGACAAGAUGAGGGACUUCAAGAAGGCCCGAACUGUCCGAUCGGAAUACCUCACGAAUGUGGAUGAGAUACAAAAGUGGAUUCAGAGCGCUGAGGAUAAGAUCAACAAUCACGAAUUGGAGCCGGCACAAUUUAAGGAUAUUCUGCAGAAGUUGAACCAGGAGCAUGUUCUAGUCGGCGAUAGGCUCAACUAUGUGCGCAAAAAUGGCCAAGUGAUAAUUGAUCAUAGUCAGAAUGAGGAGGAGAAGGCGCUCAUUGAGGCGACAGUGGAUCAGUUGGCGAAGCAGUUGGACCAGAUUGGAGCCAUGCUGGCGGACAAGCGCAAGCAAGUGGAGAACACAUUGGAUGGAUGGUCGAGAUUCCUGCAUCUGUACCAACAAGUGAUGGAUUGGGUGAAGGAGAAGGGAUACUUCCUGGCCGAGCCACUGGACAUCGUGACCCUGCAGCAGUUGAGGCAGAAGGCUGCCGACUAUGCCGUGGCGGUGAAGAGUGUUAAGCCGAUCAACAAGAACCUUAGCGAGAUGGAUCGCGAAUUGGAGCAGAUCACUGAGUUGACGACGGUUGGAGAACUCAGAGACAAGCUUCAGGAGGCCGAGGACUCAAAAGCUGUUGUUGAAGGAAGACUGUUGGAGAGGAAUGGACUGUUGCAGGAGACGUGCGAGGAGUGGGAGCAGUGCGAGCGGAAGAUGAAGGAGGUCCGAGCGUGGAUAGAUAAGACUAAGAGCCAACUGGAGUCACCGCAGCAGCGGAAAAAGCCACUGCGUGAUCAAUUGGGUAUUCACGAGAAAACUCUGGCUGAUAUAUCAACGCAAAAGACCAAAAUUCACAUGUCCAUCGAGAAACUACAAGUGCAUUUCCGUGAACUGCCCAAUGUUGAUUCGAAGAUCCUCGAAGCCGCCAGUGAUAUUGUGGUGCAGUUGGAUGAACUGCGUGAUCUGAUACGACAGAGGACGCGUCAAAUUGAAGAGACUCUCAAUCAGAUUGAUCUCUAUCAGCAAAACAUUCAAUCCCUGCGUCAGAAAGUCAUUCACGAGGAGCAGCAACUGCGUCACAUCUUGUCGCCAAGUUAUUUGGCACAUGAACGCGAUCGUGCAGCCGCAGAGGAACAGGAUGCUGUGACAAGAGAAAUUGAUCAGUUGCUGGCUUCAAUUGCAAGUACUGAGAGAGAUCUCGUGAAUUUGUCCAAUGAGGACUUGACGAAGAUGCUGGAGAAGUUGAGAGAUAUCCUAGAGGCGCUUAAGACUCACGACAGUGAAGCAACUGUUAUCAAAGAGAAUGUUUCCAUAGAGGAACCUGAUCAGGAUGUGGACAAAGCUCUCACGACAAUUGACAGCAAGAUUGAGAAAUUGGUUGCAAGAGCCACAAAGGCAUUUUCACUUGUUGAGGAUGCUAUAAAUCAGCAGCAAAUGCGUCAAUUGGAGCUGAAGAAGUAUAGUCAGUUGCAACAAGAGAUUGAGAAUUGGCUGUUGUCCAUUCAAAUUCCAUCAACAAAGACUGAUCAGGAGAUAAAUACAGUUGAAGGAGUGCAGGAAAUUGUGGCUGAUCAGCUGCAAUUGAUUGAGGAUAUCACGAGUAAGGAGCAGAGAUUGCAGAAGAUUCGUGAUAAGUGCCAAGAGAUGCAGUCGCAGGAGCACGUGAGGAAAUUAGCAACAACCUUGACUGAGCAAUUCACCAUAAUUCUCACUCUUCUGGAGACAAGGAAGCAAUCAACACUAAAUUACAUUGCGAAACUGAAAACGAGAGAGGAUGAGCUGGUGAGGGGCAAGAAGGAGGAUGAUAAGGAUACACUCGAGUCCAUGUCGAUGCCAGAGGAGGAACCGGAUGUGCAGAGGAUGACCAUUGAGACGCAGACGAGUGUGAGAGAGGAGAAGAUUCAGGAUGAUGAGACUCAGACGAGUUUCCCGCUGUUAGAAAGCGCACCACGAGAUACUCAGACAACAUUUGUCCAGACACAGGAUGAACGUCGUCCCACUGACAACAUCACAGUUCUGCACACAUCUGAUGAGGAGAAGGAGACAUUCAAGAUUGAUAAUCAACUCAAUCAACCCAUUUCCAAGGAUGAGCGUCCAUCGGAUGUUCUCGUGGAGGCGAAGUUCAAUCAGACACAGCCUGGAGGUGGGCCAAGAACGUCCGAGUUGGUGCUGAGGAAUGUUCCACAAUCAUUUGAGACCACCUUUGUGGAGCCAGAUGAAACGACAACGGAAGUUGUAGUGGAUUCUGACGGGACGAAGAGGAUCAUAGUGAAGAAAGUGAAGAGAACCCGAGUUCAGCGGGAAAUUAUCACUCAAUCAGUAACUGUGGGAGCUGAGAGUAUUCCUCAGGUGCAGGAAGAGAUUACAGUAGAGGAAAUUCCACUUGCUCCUGGACAGGAAGAUGCUCUUCCAGAAAACUUGGCUGCUCUUGAACAAGCGGGAACAUCCACUAUACAGACAAUAGUGCAGCAUGUGACGAGAAAGAUUGUCCGCAAGACUAAGAAAAUCAUAAAGAAGGUGACCAUAAUUGAUGGGAAGGAACAUGUGACAGAGGAAGUUGUUGAGGAGCCCGAAGAGGUUGAAAUCAGUGAGGAAGAACUUCCCAAUGUCAACAUCAAUCUGACUAGUGGAGUUGAUGAAUAUGUUAUCGAAGAGCCUGUUGUGGAGGAAAAGGAUGAGGUCACAUAUGAAAUCGUGCAGCCUGAGAGUGUGUCACCAAAGGAGGUGAAGUCGAAGGAGAGUAGCAGAGAUACAAGUGGCAGUGACGAUAAAAAUAAAGGUGAAGAAGAUCGUCAGGUAUUAGAAUCACUUUCUGCACCAGUAGAUUUGCUACCUUCAACUGCACACGUAGAUGUAAUUCAACCAAAUGUUGAAAUUGCAGAAAAAGAAGAUGUAAGAGAUGGAAAAGAAGAAGAAGAAGAAAAGACAGUUGAAGAAUCUGCGGCACUUCCAUCGCCACUUGUUCAAGAAACACUAGAAAUUACUCAGACAGCGCCUGAGCAACCGGUGGAGGGCAUCCCUGCACAGAAAGAACUAAUCCUCACAGAUAUUCAAGAAAUUUGGCCCACAACGAUUAAAACUGACGAAAUUCCCGUACAUUUAUUAGAUAAAAUCUCCAUUGGUGACGACACUCAGAUAGCAAUCGAUCACACAACGGAUGGCAUUUGGCCGACCAAUCCAGACAUUGGGGCCGAUGUUGAUUUACAACGAUAUGGCGUGUCUGUGACGGAAGUUGAGCAUGUCAUUGAGACGGUAGAGAAGCAUCCUGAGGAGAAAUCCUUGGAAAUCACCGAAAAGCCUGUGAUUGAUGAACUGAAAGCAGUUGCAGAGGUUGUUGAAACUCAACAGCCUUCUCCAUCUGAACCGUCAACACCCUCAGAGCCUUCAGAAAAGGUCACUGAACCAGCGAAACCCACUCGUGCUGACGACGAGGCGGAGAGAACAAGGAUAAAGGUCACCCUCCCAUCGCUGACAUCACAAGCUGAGAGCAUGCUCAUCGUGGAUAUGAAAAUGGAUCCGAGUGAGCACACAAAAAUCAAUGUAAACCUAACAGAAGAGGUCUCCUUGGUGGCCCAACCAAUUGAAUCUCCGAAGAUUUCCACUCCAGUAGAGAAAAUCAUUCCAGAGAAGGUGGUGAUUGAGGUGCAUGAGAAAUUAUCUGGCAGUGAUGAGCAGGAAGUUCGUCAAACUGGCUACGAGCCCGAAGAUGUGACUGUCGAUGAUGUCAAUGAGGAGAGUCGCAAGAGUAAGCGAAAGAAAAAGAAAAAGCAGAAGAUAAAGGCAAAAGAUGAUGAAUCCAGUGAAGUGUCCAAGUCUGCUGACGAGAAAGAAUCUGUUCAUAGUGAACCAAAGUCCACAGAGCAAGAGAAGUCAUCCGUGCAGCAGGGAGUAGAGCGAGAAAUCACCCCGGACGAGUCAUACGCCAGUAUUUCUGAGUACUCUGAGGCUGAUUCAGUGAGAAUCAUGGAGGAAUCGGUCAUUCAAUCACCGCCUCCGGAUGACUUGAAGCCCAUGCCAAGUGAAUUGGUAACGACUGUACCUGUGAUAGACACAAUGUAUGUGGAGGAGAGUGAGCAGCAAACUUCCUUGCCAUAUGAGGAGGUAUCUCGAGAGGAAGCUCCUCGCCUGAGUGCUCCGAAGGAGGCUGUGAUUCAGGAGGAACACUCUGUACAAACAUCGCCAACUCCUCAACAGCCAGUUACAGAAAUUUCCCAGCAAACGAGCCCAGAACCAGAACCUGACCAUCAAGAAACUGAAUCUCAGACAAUUGUAAUUGAGUCCACUGAGGUGGAGAUUCAAACGACGCCAGUGAAGAUGUCUGAUGAGGAGCCAGUGGUGAUAGUCAAACCAGAGGUGACUUCAGAAGAAAUUCAAACAGAACCUGUGGUAUUUGAGGAGAAAGUGGAACCACAGCCCAUUGUUGAGACGUCUGAUAGUACUUCGCAAACAGUUAUUCUGGAUACUCGUGAGCAGAAUUUGCAAACAUCUCCAAUGGAGUCUCCUGAACAUCGUCCUAAGGAAGUGGUCAGCACUGAAGAGGACGUUAACAGGAUUGCUGCCAGGAUUGUUGAAGAGAUUGUCGCCGGAAUUCCUACACCCACAGCCACUCAAGAGACCAACACAGAAACUGUGACGAUUCAGGAGGCAACAGUUCAGACAACUCCUGAAGUUCCAGCCGCUAUUGCUCCUUCUCCUGAGGUUCCAGAUGAUUCCUCUCUUUCCACCACUACCAGUGAACCAUAUGAGAUCCACGUGAAAGCAUCCUUGAUCUAUCCUGAGGGUGAACAACCACAGAAGAUUCCGGAUAACUUUUCAGUUGAAGUCACGCGAACGUUCGAUCUUGAGGACGAUGAUGGUCCGAGAAGUUUCCAUGAAAUCGUGGAGAUUCCCUCGAGUGAGGAACCAACUAAGCCGAAAACUGUGACCAUUUCUCUGACAAAGAAAACAGUUGUGGAUGAGUUAUUCGAUGAGCCUGAUGCUAAGGAGGAGCAGAGAAAGGUAGAGAGAUUGCUGGAGGGCAGAUUACGAAUGGCCCAAGAAGCCAGGGAAUCUCCACUCAGUAAUGUACUCCAUUUGGCUACUCUCGGAGAGUCUCUGACAGAAGAACCGGCAGAAGAACGCCUAGAGGCUCUGCAAGAAGAUCUUCUGGAACUGAGAAAUGCCAUUCAGCGCCAGGAUUCACAAGUGAUCCAAAGAACUGUAACCAUAAUCUUCGAAAAGAUUUCAAUCUGGUUGGAGACAAUUGAGUACAGGGUCUAUGUGACGCGCCAGUCUGCGUCUUCUGGACCAACAGAGAAGCGAAUUGGGGAGUUCAAUGAGCUCCGCAAUGAGCUGGAAUGCAUUCAAAAUUAUGUGGAACAUCUCAGAGCAGAUCUGGAGCAGCCUAUGCAGGAUGUGGAGAGUGAUAACAUGGUGCAGUGUGUAAAUGUGAUUGUUGAUCAUCUCAGGGCAAUUGACAAUGUGACUCAGUCCAGUGAAAUUCAGGUGCAGGAAGACUUCCGGCGCUUCAGUGAGUAUCAAAUGAAUGUCGAUGAAUUGCAGCUCAACAUUCAGCAGUUGAGGAACAACUUGGAUCGCAUUGUGUCUGAAGAGAUGGGCCUGGACAAGAAACUUCAUCUCCUGGAUGAGUUUGAUGACAUUAAUCGGGCCUUUGGAAAGGAGGUUCAGAGACUAAUUUAUGUGGCUCGUGGUCUUGAGAGAGAUUUCCCGGAGAAGGAAACUCCUGAGCAGAUUUUCAUGUGCCGAGAAAUGGUGGCGAAUCUUGAGGGGAGUAUCAAUAUUGAAAGGAAUCGUCUCAAUCAGCUGGUGAACUUGGCUCAGGAGUAUGAGCAAACACUGAAGGAAUUUGCCAAGAUCAUUCUCAUCGCCGAUUCUCUGGUCGAAAGUCAGAUUACUACAAACAAUCUGGAUAAUCUGCAGAAUGAAAUUCAAAAGCACAGGAAAUUCUUCGUCAAUCUCAGCCACUGUCGAGCUAUUCUCGAGUCGCUGGAGAUGAACUUAGAUCCAGUGACGAGAGAAAAGCAUUCUCAGUUGCAUCAGACACUGCACGAGAGCGCCACGACGAUCCUGGACAAGGCUUCCGACCGUGCCCAGAGACUGUCAAUGGCGGCAUCCCGAUGGACGGUGCUGGAGCGUGGAAUGAAAGAGGAGAAGCAGUGGCUGCAGAUCGCUCAGCAGAGAAUCCCUGAUCUCUCAGAUGUCACCUCCACGGAUUAUGACCAAUACAUCAACAUGUACCAAUCGUUGAGUUCAGACAUUGCACAUCAUCACGCCAAAUUGGUUCAGCUGACCACAACGGCAGUGAAACUACAAGAACUCGUGUCGGCGUCGAAUGUUGAGGACGACUGCAAUGAGCAACUGUUCAUGAUACUCAAGUUGAAGGAAGAUGUUGCUCUACAUCUCAAGAAGCUCCUCAAGUUCCGUCAGUACUGGAUUCUGUACGAGACAACCACGGACAAGAUUGAGAAUUGGAUCACAACGAGUGAGCAUCAUUUGGAGAAGAUUGAAAUUCCCAAGUUCUUCAAAGAUUACCCACUGGAGCAUAUGCGUCUGUUUUGGGACAUCAAGGCGGAGUUUGAAUUGUACAAUUCAAUCAAAAAUGACGCCACAAGCAAUCUCGAGAGAGCUCUCGAGGUGGUUCCAAUAGCUGAUGAGCUGCUGCAGAAGGAAUUCCAUGAGCGAUUGGAGUCCAAGUGGCUCAAUGUGGAGGAAAAGAUUCAGAAGAUUCAGCAAUCAAUCGUGGACAGCAUGUCGGCAUCCAAUGUGCCCACAGAUGAGAAGUUGUCACUGCUGCAGAAGGAACUGGAGGAAUUGGAGAAAUCCAUGGCGACCACUAAAGGUGUCAUCAAGAGUCAGGAUGAGCUGCAAUUGUACAUCGAACGCAUGCAGAUUCUCAACAGUCGCGUUGUGAUUGUUGGGACAGAACUGGGCCGAAUUGGUCUGACUUCAUCAUCUGACUCUGAGCGAAUUGGACGCCUCUUUGGUGUCUCCCAUCGGAUUUCCAUGCAAAUCUCUGAGGAAUUGGAUGGAGCUCUUGUGCUACAGGAUCAGCUGAACAAAAUCUCUCACGGCAUUAUCCGAAUGCGGCUCCUGCAGCAAUCUGCGGGAGAAACACUGAACCAGUGCGAAGCCAUUGAUCUCUCGGGAAGUGAGAUUGUGGAAAAUGCCCUGUACGACUGCCAGCGAGUGCACAGCGAUCUCAAGAACCACUGGCAAGGCAUAAUGGAGCUGAGACAACUGCUUCACACCCUUCCCAUGCGCCUGAAGAUCUCAGUUUCGCCCGUGAUGCUGGAGAGGGACAUUUCGCAGCUCCAGGACGACCAUGUGCUUCUCGAGUCGAAGUGUGAGAAAGUGCUGAGUUCUCUCCGCGGUGCUUUGCACCUGUGGAAGACCUUCGAGAAGCAACUGGAGCAAGUGCAGCAGUCCAUUCAGCAGACGGACUACAUGGUGGAGUUGCUGAAGGUGCAUGGCCAAGUGGACUAUGAGCGUCUCGUGAAGGCAACGGAACGACUUCAGGGACUUCACGGAGAUUUGGACAAUCAUGAGGAUCUCUUGGAGGACUUGAAGUGCUCAUCAGAACCACUUAUUGAGAUUUGCAGUGAAGAAGUGGCACAUAAAAUUGAGGUGGCUGUUCAAGAGACAAUCCACGCAUGGAACGAGACAUCGCAGAACCUCACGGAUCUGUGCAAUAAGUACCAGAGGGCUGUUCGUCUGUGGCAACAGUACAGAGAUGCUACAGAAGCAUUGAACAACUUUGUUGACGAGAAGGAGGGCGAAGUGAAGAUAAUGGAUCCCAACGGUGAUCUUCAGUAUAUAAAGGAAUGCCUCAAUGCUCUUCCGUUAUACAAGGAACGUUUGGCCGAAGUUCGUAAAAUGGUGGAUCAAAUCUCCUCCGACAUUGAACUAGAGCCCGGGAACUUGCUGGAGAUGGACGUUGAGGCUCUGGGAAGUCGGCUGGAGACGAUGAAGGAGGCAAUAACAGUAUUGGCGGAUGAGGCGGAGAAGAAAGCGCGCCAAACCGUGGAGUUGGAGAAGGAAGUGCGUGACUCGCAGAAGCAGUUGGAGGCGACGCAGAAGGCUAUUGAGGACAUUCCUGAAGAAAUUGCCACAGAAGAGCAUUUACUGAAUCUUCGCAAUCAUCUGGUGAAAUUGAACUGCACGCAGAAUCAGCUUCAGAAGAUGCACAGCACGAAAUUGGAGCAGAACAUUACCACUAAUGUAUCCAUUGUGGAAGUGCUGAAGAUCUGGCAGAGGCUGUUCAAGGACACUUUCCAGCAGUAUUACAGACUGUCGUCAACCCUAAUACAAAAUGAGGAUAUUGAUGCCGUGCUGAAACUCUGGGAGGACUACUUGAGGCACGUGCAAACAUUCCUGGCCACGAGCAUUCCACAGAACUACUCAAGCCUCUCAGAUCAUCGCCACAUUUGCGAAGUGCACCAGAAUCUGCUGGUGAGUCAGAAGAAUGUGUACGAGAUGAAUGUGAAACCUCACGUGGCGGAGAGAUUCACUGACCUGGUGAGACUCCACAAUGAUGUGCUGCAGAAGCUCAAUAUGAGACAUUCCGAAGUGGAGGAGAGGAUCAAUCUGUGGGACAAGUACAAUCGCGAGAUGACGGAAUUGCUGGAGUGGCUCAGAGAUAUGGAACAGAGUCGAACACGCAUGCAGCUGAGCUAUCUCAAUCUGCGGCGAGUGCCGAAGAUUAGACAGACUCUGGAGAGUAUCCUGGGACGAGUGGAUGAGGGUGAGGUGAAGUCCAAGGAGUUGAAAGAGCAACACGGUGUCUUGCUGAAGUUCUGCGAUGACGCUCUUGGGACGUCGAUUAAAAUGGGUCAUGCGGCGGUCAACCAGCGGAUUUCUAAUCUCAAAGCCGCCCUCGAGACGUGGCUGGACUUUGUCAAUCGCAUAGUCCACUUGGAGAAUGUGUACAGGCAGAAGGUGGCAUAUGUGCAGGAUUCACUGCAAACCACCCAGAAGCUCUACACGGAAAUGAGUCAGAAGAACCAGGUGACUGACAAGAACAUCAAACAGCAGAUAAAUGAUCUGCGAGAAAGGAGGAUUGAUGUGAACAAGUUGAGUGUAGAUCUGGAGCAGAUUGGAGUGGUGCUGGAGGAGAUGAAGGAGUGCGUGAGUCCGUAUGACCUGAAGUCCAUGAGGCAGAUUGUGUGGAUCUUGUGGCAACAGCAGGGCGACCUAAACCAACAGCUUGGCACUUUCAUCAACAAUCUCGUGGACAAGUUGUCUCUGUGGAAGAUGUUCAAUGACAAGUACACAGUUCUCAGUGCUUGGAUGGAUCAUCUGGAGAAGAGAAUAGAGAUGGGCACUCAGUUUGUGUACGUGGGAGAACCCGAAGAGAUUCAGCGGUAUAUUGAGAAUGAGAUAGCCACGGAGAUGUCUUUCAAGGAGCGCGAUCGUGACUGGGUAUUAUCAUCUGGACGGCAACUACUCACACUGUUCUCAGACUCCGAUAACCAGGCGCAAGCCAUGGAGAUCCAGGAGAAACUCAAUACCAUUAUUGAGCGAUGGGAGAAGUUGAAGUACCUCACGAAGGUGCGAGGAAAUGAGCUGAAGGAUCUCCGGCUGACAACGAUGCGUCUGGAGAUUCGCAUCGCGGAACUGAGAUCGUGGCUGUUCAAGAUGGAGACUGAGGUGACGAGGCCACUGCAUUUGGCCGAUCUGUCGGAGGCGUCCCACAGGAAGUCCUGGCAAGAGCACGAUGAGUUGCAGAAGGCAAUGGAGAAGGAGUGCAUCAACUUCGCUGAAGUGCUGAAUCUCUGUGAUAUGCUCUUCAAGGAUGUCAAUACGUGGAAGUCCCACUUCAAUAUUGGUGCCUUGUCUGUGGCGAUCAAUAAUGUGGAGAAUCGAUGGGCCAAUGUGUGCAGUCUUCUUACGGCGCGUGGCAACAAAAUCCUCACGAUGUGGAAUCUCUUUGGUGAAUUGCAGAGACUUGACAACGAGAACAAACAUUGGGUGUUGGAGAAGAAGCGACUCGUGGAUGAGUUGCUGAGGGAGAAGGUGCCGCGCGAUGAGUUGGCAGAGCGAGUGGAGUUUGUGCGGGAGCAGAUUGAGGACGUGCGGAUGAGAGAAGCGGCACGGCAUCUUCAGGAGAAGAACUAUCACGGUCUUGUGGCUUCCAAUACGCUGGAUACGAACAAUAUAAACGAGUUGCUGGGUGAUUUGCCGAUCGUGCUGAACGACUGGAGCACUCUGUUGCCGGCUCUCAUGGCUCUUCACGAGAGACUGCAGACUGACCUGUGUUUGUAUGGGAAGUUUGUGCAGUCUCACGAGAAAGCAGUGCUAAAUCUCACCCAGAUUGACGCUCAUCUCACGCAAACGGAGCACCAACUGCCUGCCGAAGAAGCGUCUGCCAGCAAAUCGCAACAAAUCCUUGCAGUGGAGGAGGAACUGAAGGAUUGCUCUGAGCUCCUUGAAACUGCGGACAAACUUGGUCUUGCUCUGAUGGAGACAGUGCCCGAUGUGGCGCCCAUUCAAGCCAUGGUGGAUGAAUACCAGAAUCUCUACCGCGACAUCAGUCAGAGAUUGGAGAGUCUGCGCGAGAAGUACGUGGCUGAAGUGGAUGAGAGUGUCCAAGUGAACACGCUAACUUUCGAGCAGGAUUCUGCAGUGCAAGUCAACACUCUCACAUUCGUCACGGCUAAGGAUGCCUACAUAAUGGAACUGAAGUCUGCCAUCAAAGAGAUGAAGAACAAUCUGACCAAUCUUGAAAAAGCUCUGAAUGACACUGAAGCAAAGAGUUUGAGAACCAUAAAAUCCAACAAGAUUGUGGCAGCUUGUGAGUCUUCAGUGGAGCUCAUCAGACACUUGAGUAUGCUUCUGAAGACGGAGUGCAACUCAACAGAUGACGAGGCGAGUGUGGAAGAAGUGAAGGAUUUACUGGCAAAACAUGAGAAUCUUAUGAUUCUUUGGCGAUCGAAGGAGCAGAAAUUGCAGGAAUUGAGUGACUUGGGUCGAUUGACGUGUCCUUUGUGCACACAGAAGAAUUGGCAGCAGAUUGACAAUGAUCUGUGGCGUCUGGAGCAGUGGCUUCAGUUUGCCGAGGGCACGCAGAGACUCCAAACGUCCCCGCCGGCUAACAUAAGUGACUUGGAGGACGUAAUCCAGGACCACCGCGAGUUCCUAUUGGAUCUCAACAGUCACAAGAGUAUCGUGGCGUCGCUGAAUGUCGUGGGCGAUCACUUGGCCACCCACACUCUGGACACGGAACGGGCUGAGCAACUGCGCGAGCGCCUCGAGAGGAAUAAUCAGCGCUGGGAGAAGGUUUGCCAAAAUGCAGCCAAGUGGCAAUCAUCGCUCCAAACGACUCUAAUGGGGAACAAGGAGUUCCACUCCAUCAUCGACGAAUUGUGCACGUGGCUUGAGUCCACAGAGGCGAAGAUUCGUGCGGCUGAGCCAGUGGAUCUCACGGUAUCGCGUGAAAUCAUGCUGACGAAGUUCCGCCGAUUCCGCGAUCUGAGGAGUGAAUUGGAGCGCUGUGAGCCGCGCGUGGUGAGUCUCCAGGAGGCCGCCGAUCAGCUACUCAAAGCAUCCACAGAGUCUGGCUCUGAAGAGUCCUCCGCUGUGAUAUACACAAGACUCACCGAUCUCCGGCUGAGAUUGCAAUCGCUGAGGCGCUUGACGGGCGUGUAUGUGGUGAAAUUGGGAGCGGUUUUAGGGGUGGAAUCCACGGAGAUCUCCCUGCGCACUGUCUCGCCGUACCAAACACAGUCUACCAACCAAUUGGAUGAAUUUGGAGUUCCCCUUGAAGGAGCGCACUCAUCACCGCAGUUAAAUGAAGACGGAUCAAGUGGCGGAGACGAGAUCAAUACAAAUGUGUUGGCGCGCGGCUAUCGUUUCUUGGGCCGUGUUCUACGUGCUUCUCUUCCCAUCCAGGCAUUGAUGCUGCUCCUUUUGGGUGUUGUUACUCUGGUGCCCCACGCUGAAGACUACUCGUGUAUCUUCACCAACAACUUUGCGCGCAGCCUCGAGCCGAUGCUGCGCUAUCCAAAUGGUCCGCCACCAAUAUAAUAAGUUCAAAGCUGACUUACUCAAUGGUAUUUUAAGAGAUGCCUUAAAAUUUGUAUGGUCUACGCAAGGACAAACGAAGUGAGGAGAAGGUCUUUUUCUGUUUAAAAAAAAACAUCACUUUAACUCUAUAAGUUGAUAUUAAUUACCAUAAUACUAUACAAGUGAAGUUGAAUGCAUGUAAGGUGCACAAUGAUUUUCUAUGCGCGAUGAUGAAGACGAAAAAAAUGGUAGCUCGUAAGAAACUCUCUUACUAGAAGAGAUAUCAAACAACAACUAAUCUAAAAAAUGCAACAUGUAAGGAAAGUAUUCGUGAUUGCCUUGAGGAUUGCAUCAGACAUUUGUGUAAAUACUUGUUUAAUAUUCUCGUGGAUGGAGGAAAAAAAAAGAAAUUCUAGUCGUUUAUAUCGAAAGUGUUCCAAUGCAGCCACAUAUCGAUCUCUUCUGCUGAGCAAGUGGAACGGCUCAGCAGAAGGUGACAAGGUUGCAUUAUGAAUUUCCAAAUUUAAGAAACUAUAUAUAUAUAUAUUAAUGUGGGGAAAGUUAAUUGUCACUUCGGCUCUCUCAACGAGGUGGUGAUAAUUUUGAGGAGAAAUGAGAAUUUCCAACGAUUUUGUAUGUUUUCCAUAUCAAAUGUGUGAUGCAAUCUCAUUCAACGGUGUACUUUACUGUAAUCAGAAACGCUUAAAGGUGUGGUAAAAUAUUAUUCAUUAUAAGAUGAUGAAUAAAGCGACAUCAAUAAAUUAA